GCCUGCUCACCUUUUGUCAUCAUCCAUCUAUCUCUCCAUCCCAUCCCAUCCAUCUAUCCAUCGACCAUCUCACCCUUGCUCUGUUAUCACUUAACUUUCAUCCAGUUUCUGUCACCCUUUCGCUCCUCUUCGUCUACUUCGUCACUAUCUCCCCCUUAAGGGACCCGUCGGAUCAGACCAUACUAGCCGCCCUCAUCAACUUAUCAAUAUGCGUUCCAAGUUUAAGGACGAGCACCCCUUCGAGAAGCGCAAGGCAGAGGCCGAGCGUAUCCGUCAGAAAUAUGCCGAUCGCAUUCCAGUAAUCUGCGAAAAGGUCGAGAAAUCGGACAUCGCUACCAUCGACAAGAAGAAGUACCUUGUCCCUGCCGACCUUACCGUUGGCCAGUUCGUCUACGUGAUCCGUAAGCGGAUCAAGCUGUCUCCUGAGAAGGCGAUCUUUAUCUUUGUCGACGAGGUUUUACCACCUACGGCUGCUCUGAUGAGCAGUAUCUAUGAAGAGCACAAGGAUGAAGAUGGCUUCUUGUAUAUCACGUACUCCGGCGAGAAUACGUUCGGUGACUGCUAGGCGCUGGUCGAUCUCAUAUUUUCCCUUUUGGUCUGAUUUCCCUGUCUCUUGAAGUGAAUUCGCUGCCGUCAUCGUUCAAGUCACUUCCUUCAGUU